AUGAUCGCCAUGCCAGUGGCGCCCGGGGCAGGGGCAACUAACCAAUUUUGUGAUGAUCCAAACGAGUUCGCCCCUGCUUCUUUCACCCUUCAACCAACAUAUCAUCAACCUCUUCAACUUCAACUUCACCGAACCACCUCCCCUUUGCCCUCCCCUCCCCGGGUCUGGCUUUCCCCACCUGUCAGAGCCGUCAUCGUCGCCCUUGCGUCAAUGAUUAUCUUGCCUGGCAACGCGCCGGGUACAGGCUGGGCCGGUGUGUACGAACGCAUGACAGUUAAUUGGGCAGUAAGACAAUUCAUUUCUGCCCAACUGAAGUAUUCCACGGUCAACAACUCGCCCCAUUACCGCCAGUCAAACUGUCCUUCCGCCGUCACCGCCUUCAUGAACUCGAAGAUCGCGCCACUGGGACUGCUCAGGGUCUCUCCUUGUAUCCCCAGGGCUCUCUUCUCCGUACCGAAAUGA